AGUUAUGCGCAUAGUUUAUUUGUUACAGAAAUUAUUUUGCAUAAUUUUCAUUAUUAUAGUUAUGCAUUUAAAUAAUAUUUCCCUUUAAUUAACUGUCACUGAUUGCAGAUCGGCAAGUGCAGUCGGGUCACGAACUGUCUCUAAUUCAAUAUGUUGUGGAAUAUUGUUUAUGCUUUCGCCUUGUUCAUAAAUUGAUAAACGGGUUGAUAGCAAUAUUAUUGUUGAUACAGGCUGCGUAGGUCCAGGUCACAGUCUAGGUCUGGCCGCAGGCUGAGCCAUGAUUCUCCUCGUGUGUGCAGCCACGCCGGUGCUCAUCCUAGUGCUUCUGAGUCUGUACUGGAGGUUUAGCCAUGCUGGAAGGCUUAUGGCGAAAAUUCCCCCCAUGAAGGGACGAAGACUGCCCGUCUUUGGUAACAUGUUUGAUUUUUGGGUGAACACUGAGCGCAUGUUCGCGCUGAUGCGGGACACGGCUCGGGAGCGGCCGGGGCUGACGCGCAUCCAGGCGCUCAGCGUCAACAUGGUCAACGUGUACUCGCCUGACGACAUCGAGAAGCUACUCUCCAAUCCGAAGUUCAAUGAGAAAGGGGUUCCUUACACCUUCUUCAAGCCCUGGCUCUGCGACGGACUGCUUAUUAGUAACGGAGACAAGUGGUUCCGGCGGCGCAAGAUCCUGACUCCCGCGUUCCACUUCCAAGUGCUGCGCCAGUUCAGCCGCAGCUUCACGGCGCACACGGCGGCGCUGCUGGCGGCUCUGCAGAGAGAGGUGACAAGGGACGCCACGGAUCUGGAUCCUGUGGUGUCCAAGGCCACGUUGACUAUUAUGUGUGAAACGUCGAUGGGAACAUCGAUGCACGAAGGUUUGGAGACGGUGUCCCAGAAAUACUUCGACGCCAUCAACCACCUGGGGUCGAUCGUCGCGUUCCGCCUCUCCCGCAUCCUGCUGCACACGUGGGCCACCUUCAGCCUCACCUCCAGCCACCGGCUGCAGAAGAAGCUAGUCAAGGAUCUCCAUGAGUUUACUGAUAAGAUAAUCAUGGAGCGGAAGGUGUAUAGACAGAGCGAGACUCACAAAGCUUUGGCCGAGGCGUCGGCAAAGAGGAAGGAUGAGGAUGAUGACGUUAGCGUCGGGUACGGGAGGAAGGGUCUGGCCAUGCUGGACCUGCUGCUGGACAGCGCUGAUGAGGGGAAGAUCGACGCGAUCGGGAUCCGGGAGGAAGUGGACACGUUCAUGUUCGAGGGUCACGACACCACGGCGCGCGCGCUCUGCUUCCUGCUCAUGAGCAUCGCCAACGAGCCCUCUGUACAGGACACCAUAUCCUCGGAGCUCCAAGACAUCUUCCUGGGCUCGGACCGCCCCCCGACCGUGGAGGACCUUCAGGAGAUGAAGUACCUGGAGUGCUGCAUCCGGGAGGGGCUGCGGCUGUACCCCAGCGUGCCCUACAUCGCGCGCCUGCUCAAGGAGGAUACUGUCUUGAGCGGCUACGUGGUCCCGGCGGGCACCAUCGUGAACAUCCACGUGUUCGACGUGCACCGGCGCGCGGAGCUGUUCCCGGAGCCCGAGGCCUUCCGCCCGGAGCGCUGGCUGGCGCCGCCGCCGCACAAGUACGCCUAUGUGCCGUUUAGUGCUGGCCCGAGGAACUGUAUCGGUCAAAAGUUCGCGAUGCUGGAGCUGAAGACAGUGCUGAGCGGGGUGCUGCGGCGCUACCGCCUGGAGCCGGUGACGCGGCCGCAGGACCUGGUGUUCCACGCGGACAUCACGCUCAAGACCACCAACCCCAUCUACGUGCGCUUCCGGAACAGGACUUAGGCCUAGUUUCACCGUAGUCUGUUGGAUCAUUAACACCCCUGUUACAUUGUAUUGUCAUCAAUUAUACAUCAUCUCCAUAUUAAAU